AUGCUAUGGUUUCAUCUAGUAUCUGCUGCAUCCACCAUCUCACGAUCCAAUCCCUAUUCACUCAACUCUCGUUCAUAUACACUAGGCCCUAAGACCGACUUGGUAAUUUCUAAUAAAGUCAUAUCUCCAGACGGGUUCGCGCGCUCUGCAACGCUUGCCGGAGGAACGUUUCCGGGUCCAAUCAUCACAGCCAGAAAGGGAGAACACUUCGAUAUAAAUGUCGUGAACAGACUCACUGACAAUGAAAUGCUCUUGAGCACCAGUGUGCAUUGGCACGGAAUCAGGCAGAAUGGGACUAACUAUGCGGAUGGAGUCUCGUUCGUUACUCAAUGCCCUAUUGCGCAAAAUCACUCCUUCCUGCACUCCUUCGAGGCUCGGAAUCAGGCUGGCACCUUCUGGUAUCAUAGCCAUUACUCGGUCCAACAGUGCGAUGGGCUCCGCGGAGGUUUUAUUAUUUAUGAUCCUGAAGAUCCGCUAUCCUAUUUAUACGACGUUGACGACGAGACCACCGUCAUCACUCUUGCUGACUGGUACCAUACAGUUGCCCCUGUUUUAAGCCAUAUAAUUGGCACCAAUGCAUUUUCCAUACUCAUUAACGGUCUCGGUAGAUAUUCAGGGGGACCCCUGAGUGACCUAGCAGUGGUCAGUAUCGAGUACGGGAAAAGAUAUCGCCUACGCCUUAUAGCAAUGUCUUGCGAUCCCACCUUUACGUUCUCCAUUGACAACCACAACUUGACGGUAAUCGAAGCGGACGGUGAACUGACGCAGCCCCUCCUCGUGGACUCGCUUCAGAUACUUGCUGGACAGCGAUACUCUGUUGUACUCGUCGCGAACCAACCGGUCAACAACUACUGGAUACGGGCACUCCCAAACACUUUUGGCUUGAACAACUUCGACAACAACCAGAACUCUGCUAUCUUGCGAUAUAACGGUGCACCCGUUGCGGAGCCUACUACAAACACCACCAGUACCAACCUGCUCAAUGAGACCAACUUGCAUGCAUUCAUCAAUCCUGGUGCACCUGGGAUUCCAGAGUACGGAAAGGCAGACAUCAACAUGCACUUAGUGGUCAACACCAAUACUGGGGUAUAUUCGGUCAACGGCACCACAUACAUCCCUCCCACAGUGCCCGUACUGCUUCAGAUCCUCAGCGGCGCACAGCAUGCAACCGAUCUCCUUCCGACAGGAAGUGUAUAUGUUCUAGGGGCUAACAAGGUCGUCGAAUUGACGAUGCCAGCUGUUAGUGCUGCUGGUCCUCAUCCGAUUCACCUUCACGGUCAUAGCUUUGAUGUCGUGCAGAGCGCCGGAAGCAGUUCUUUUAACUACGUCAAUCCUGUACGCAGGGAUGUAGUAUCCAACGGGGUCCCAGGCGAUCAGAUGGUGAUUAGAUGGGUCACAGACAACUCCGGCCCGUGGUUCCUACACUGUCACAUUGAUUGGCAUCUUGACGCUGGUUUCGCUGUAGUCAUGGCCGAAAGUCCUUCGGACACUCAGCGGCAUCUGGGCUAUAUACCCCAUGCAUGGGACGAACUUUGCCCGAUAUAUGACUCGUUAACCCCAGCCCAAAUUGGAGCGCAGAAUUCCUAUCAGGAAGCACAGAAUAUGAGCACAAAGCUAUUUCCCCCUGUCAUAUAG